UCUGAAGGUGGAAUUCUGGAGCCAUCUUACUUCCUGUUUAGUUGUCCCUCAUGCUAGCGGCUUGUUGUAGGCGAUUACAUGGAAUCAUGGGGAAAGAUGCCUUUAGAUGUGUUGAAUGUAACGAAAAAGCAACUGAACUGCACCGGGAUUACAACAACGGGAUCCUGAAGCUAACCAUAUGUGGGUCCUGCCAGAAGCCAGUGGACAAGUACAUAGAGUAUGACCCUGUUAUCAUCCUGAUUGAUGCCAUUCUGUGCAAGACGCAGGCUUUUAGGCACAUUUUAUUCAACACAAGAUUGAAUAUCCACUGGAAGUUGUGUGUGUUCUGCCUACUGUGUGAGGCAUACCUCAGGUGGUCUCUGCUCCACGGCUCUGAGCAGAGCAAUGACCCUGCUGACAUCAUCAGGUACACGAAGGAAUGGGAGUUCUAUGCCAUGUUUGGAUCAGCCACCCUCGAGCUGUCAGCGUUUUGCAUCAGUGUGCUGUGGUUCCUUUGGCUGGUGGUGGUUCAACUGCAGGGUGGAGCCAUAGACUUCAGCCUGCUCCUCAGAGCCCUGCUGCUGUCCUGCUACGGCAAAGUCCUUCUAAUACCCACUGUCAUCUGGGAACAUGACUACUCCCCGCUCUGUCUGGGCCUCAUCAAACUAUUUGUGCUCACAUCAAACUCACAGGCCAUCAGAGUGAUCCUGAACAGCAGCAGGCGUCUGUCACUGAGUGCUGUAUGUGUAGGAGUGCUGUCAGAGAUGUGUGUGGCUCAGGCCUGUAAGAAGCUUCCAUGGAGUGUCCAGGACAUUAAAAUGAAAAUGUGAGAGAAGCAUCAGUAACCUCAGAGGUGAUCAAGAGAGCAUGGAAGUCGACUUGUGCCAAAGAGAGGCUGUUUCUAAUAAACCCUCUACACACAGGGUUGGAAAAGAGAAAGAAUAUGGUUUUGUGAAGUGGUUUUCCCUUUUUUAUUGUUUGUUUUUGUUUUUUGUUUUCUUGUUUGCUGCUCAUGCCAGUAGGUAAGUUCAGUCUACUUCAGAACCACCCUGAAACAUAAAACCUAUUGCUCCCUGUGUGGUGGAGGUCUGCCUGGUGCUUCAUGGUGACAUCAGCCAAAGAAAAGCCUUUGUGAACAUGUAGUGGCUGCAGGCUGAGUUAUUGUUUGGCUACUCAAACUGAGGCAGGGAGGAGCAGAAGACACAUUUCUGUUUCAUGCUGUGCUCUUACACAAAAAGGUCCAUCUUCAUUUUGAAGGGAUAUCAAGGAGGUGGCCGUGGACAAUGAGCUCCCAAGUCAAGAUUCCAGUGAGACUUUGACUUGAUUUGAUUGGUUUAUAAACAUUAGUUUACACGGUGUGGGACUCUCCCGUGAUCUGAAUCACUGCCAAACAGGCUGUAAUUCCACAGCUUUCUAGGAAUGACACAAACACAGACCCUGAGGCUUUAAUUUCACAAUAACUACUUCUCUGUCUGGGCAGGAGCCAGCCAACACACUCCACAUUCUUCAGCUCAGUGGUGAAGUGCUUACUUUAACUCACACACAGAUAAAUGUUCGCUUUCCUCUUAUUGUACUAAAAGCUUCUACUGUAUGUUUGCUCGUGUGAUAGUAGGAACGACAUCAUUCAUCUUGGGCUUUGUCUAAAAUCAAAUACAACAGUGUUACAGUGCACAGACAGGAUUUUUAAUGAAGACUUUAACACUGACAUGUCUUCACUCUAUUUUUAUCUUUACCAAUGAUUUGUUUCAUCUGUAUUUCAUUCCUUCCACCAUCUGCCAUCACCAUAAAGUCUGAACUCUGUGCAGUAAAAUGUGCACCCAGCUCAUUGUUUUGUCACAAAUUAUCCUCCAGUUACAACUAAUAAAAAGCACACUGUAAAAGCCAGUCAGUGGUGCCUAUAUUUUUGACAAUGGUGUUGAAAGCUGAUUAUGAUAUAAAAGCGAUGAGCAUGGGGCGGCUGUGGCAGGAGGUAGAGUGGGGUCGUCUCCAACCCGGAACGGUGGUGGUUCGAUUCCCAGUUUCUCCAGUCCACAUGUUGAAGUGUCUUUGAGCAGGAUGGUCCCGAUGAUAUCACCGG